AUGGUUUCUAUCGCAAUUCUAGGAUGCGAUAAUAAUGCAUUCUAUUUAGUUUCUCAUCUUUUAUAUCAUAAUUAUAAUCCUCAACAACAUCCUGAUAAUAAUAAUAAGAUCUUGUUAGUUGGUCAUCAAGAUCCUUUUCAUAAUCUUGAUAGUUCAGAGAAAAUUGUAUUUAAGACUUUUGAUGGAUUGGAAAUGGUCAUUCCUAGAGGUCAAGUAAACUAUACAACUGAUACGAAGAAAGUUGUUGAUUUCAAUCCUGAUUUUGUGUUAGUAACAUUAAAAGGAACUCGCACCAUUGAAGUAUUGAAAGAUAUUGUGAAUUUGGAUGGUAAAACUGUGAUUGUGUCAAUGCAAGAAGGAAUUCUCAAUUCUGAUAUUAUCAGUGUAAUCCUUCCUAACACAAAAAUAAUUGAAGGCCUUAUACUCCAAAAAAUCUCAUCUUCUCAGAACUGUCAUUUUGUCCAAGACUCGUCGGAUGGUGUAAUAAUUCUUCAAUCAACUCCUGAUUCUUUAAAACUACAACAAAUCUUUUAUCAAAGUGAAUUACUCGUAAGAUUAUGUUCAAACUUAAAAAAUGUAAUGUACGGUCAACUCAUAUUGAAACUUGGUAAUGCACUUGUAUAUUUAAGUGGAUUAUCGUUUGAUGAAUAUGUUAAGGAUAAGACUUGGAGACGUAUACAUGCGUAUUGUCAAUGGGAAGCUUUCGAGGUGUUCAAACGUCACGGAAUCGAUCCUGUUUCUGCUAUGAAUUCUUCAUUACCCUUGCAAAUGAUUCCAUAUUUAUUAAUGACUCCUGAUUGGAUAUUAAGACCUGUGCUUGAUAAUAUAUUUAAACAAGAAUCUAUGAAGUUUGGCAUAAAUUUAAUGUCUCAAGACUUUAAUUUUAGAAAUAAACUUGAAAUUGAUGAUUUACAAGGUGAAAUUGUUAGAUUAGGUGGUUCAGGAGGUCUAACAACUGUCUAUAACAAUGGGAUAUUAAGGUUGGUAAAAUUAGUAAAACCAGAUUGGAAAGUUGGGAUCGAUGCUGUUGAUGUUUUGGCUUAUAUUGAAAAUGGA